CAUUCAGGGAAGAAAGAAAAAAAGGCUGAGCUGUCUCCUUGCUGUCACACGGGCCGUAACCAUGGACCUGCGGAAACAACUGGAGAAUACCGAGAGGAACUGGAAUAAAGAGAAGAUGGAACUGCUGGAGAGAUUUGACAACGAGAGGAAAGAAUGGGAAUGUCAAUGGAAGGUCAUGCAGAAGAAAAUAGAAGAGCUUUACCAGGAGGUAAAACUGCGGAGGGAGAGCAAUAUGAAUGUCCAUGAUAACAAGGCCAUUCAGAGCAAGGUGCUGCAGCUCUCCAUGCGUUCCCCUGCUUCGGGAGAGAGUGACACAGUGGAGCUGAACCAUCGACACAAUGUGGGAAACGACAGGAUGGAAAACGUGAAGAAGGCAAGAGGAGGAAGAACAGCCAUACUUUUGUACCAAUGGAAAGAUGGCAAGCCAGACCCCGGACAACUGCUGAAGGACAAUCUGGGCUUUGAGAACCAACAGGAACCUGAAGACAGCCUCAGCAUCAACACUUCCAAGAAAAAUGCCAAGAAUUAUAUUGGUGAUCUCAACAUAGCUCUUAAAGAACUUGCCAGAGUCAGUGAAGAAUUAUGCAGCUAUCAAGAGGAAAUUAGAAAGAAAUCCAACCACAGAAGAAUGAAGUCACUUCCUUUCCUGAGGGAAUUUGAGGAAACGCAAAAGGCAGUUAUCCUGCCUGAGAUGAACCAUGUGUCCAGCAACGACUCCCAGACUUCGGUUGCUUUUGAGACAGAGGAACGUAAUAACAGGAAGAAUCUGAUGAGCUCCACCAAGGCUUUGAAGGACAUUUCUUACGGUGGUCUUACUGGUGACAGAGGAACAGACUUCACACCUUGGCAAAGGAAAGAAGCUCCACCGGUUCCUCCCCGGAGCACUUCCCGGCACCUGACAAACUCCCUUUCUGCUGUGGCACAGCUUUGUGAAGCUCCACUACGAGACCCAGGCAUCAGAAGCAAUUGCAAGGCUCAGGAGUGUAAGAUUGGAAGGAGACUGCUGAAUCCUUCACCUAUAAACCAGAAGGAAGCUGCAGCAGCCUGUGCAAAGGAAGGGCAGGCUGUGAGAGGCCCCGUGAUGGUAACUGCUCCAACAGCGGUAACGAAAAGUGAGUGCAACGUACCGACAAGCUUCUGCCACAACACAUGGGCGUAUGAUGUGGGCAAACUUGGAAAAGACAAUCAAAGUGGACCUUCCCCGCUGUCAGCCCAAAAGAGCUGUUCGGAUGGAAAUAUGGCCCAAAGCAACAAGAUGCACCAGAAACACAAUCCCACGUCUCACAGCGGCCCUUAUUACAGUAACGAGUUUUAUGGCCCCGCCGCCCCGCACAGCGAUCGUGUGGAAGGCUCUGGCUAUUCUUUAGGAAAAACCCAAAGAAAUGAGACUUUAGCAGCAAAGAUCGAUGAGUUCAACCGGACUGUAUUUCACACAGAUAAACGUAACAACCCUUUGCAGGAAAGCCAGGUGCCUGGAACAGCAUGGGAAGGUGGGAAGCCCUGCGGCCCACGGUGUGACCCUGCUGCUGGCGGGACAGACACUGUCAAUACAACUUGCCUCUCAAACCCCAAAUUCCCUGCAGGGAAGGAGAAAGAAAGCAGCAAUCCCAGUAAAGCUGCCGGGCAACAAAAGCAAAUAAAUGGACUUCCAAAUACGAGUGGCUACAGGCACAUGCUUCACGAGCACGACUGGAGACCCAGCAAUUUGUCUGGUCGCCCGCGUUCAGCCGACUCGAGGUCGAACUACGGCGUGGUUGAAAAGCUUUUGAAAAACUAUGAGAAAUCCACAGUGACUUCUCCCUGUAAUGCAAAAUGCUGCAAGGAUAAGUGGACACGGGCAAAUUGUGAGUUCACCGACGGGGGUUGUGAGACGUGGAGUCACUAUUUAGAAACGCUCCAGAUUGAGCAAGGAAAGCAAGAAUUUCCGAGGAAUUCAGCCAGGCAUAUUGGGCAGCAACUCAAGCAAGGAAAAGAGAGACAGAAGUUACCAGAGAUAUCCCUGCCAGCCAAAGGUUCCAGCGGGAAGGGUUUCUCCCGGCCGGCUCGGCCAGCGAACCGCCGUUUGCCGUCCCGGUGGGCCUCCAGGUCCCCCUCGGCACCGCCGGCGGUGAGGAGGACGGCGUACGACUGCUCCGGCUCCUUUCGCUCCGAGCCCUCGGGGGUCUGAACCCAGGGCUUGGGCUGGAUGGACGGCGGCGUGAAAGCUCUUCUUUCUUUCUCAUGAUAACUGUGUCCGGGAUGGAUGGGUCAGAGCAACCAGGUCUUCUCCAAGAGGGACCCCCCCACCGCACACCGGACCUUGAAUCUUAGGUCAUCAUCACCACGGUCUUCAGUGUUUUUAUUGAGAUGAAGUAACUACACCCCUGGUUUUCUCCGUUGGUUAUUUUAUUUGUUUGUUUGUUUGAUAAUAGCUCACCAGGAAUUCCUUUUGAAUGACAUCUUCCUUAAUUCGCCAACCAGUUUUGAGUUGAACCAAUGUAUAGUGCUGUAUAUUCUGACUCUUCUGCAAAGAGCAGAAGGUAAAAAGCUGUGUGCAUGGUCCUGUGUCCGUAGGUGCAUGUGUUGGGCUAGGAAGUAUACAGGUCUGUAUUUAGAAGAGACAAACUGUGCUAGUGUUGACAUUGAAAUUACAACCUAUACGCCAACAUAAAUAUAUAUACUUUGUGUUUAUUUUAAAAAGUUUGAAAUAUACGGUCCUGAUGACAUUUAUAUUUUGUAUAUCUUUUACAUAGGCUCACAGGUGUAGUAUUUAAUGUACAAAACUAAAUAUGCAUUUUUUGUGACAGAUCGCAGCGAUAAUGCCUUGCACAACGUGUAUCUGAAGCAGACGAGCUCGACUGAGGCGUCAGUCAUGCUUCACGGCACCCGCCUUCGGUUUCCUAACCCUUCCCAUGCUAGGGCAAAAUACCCAAACGUAUUUUUUCUGAAUUAAAAUAUUAUAUGAUUUGUAAUACAUUAGCCUUUUUCAGCACCAGAGACAUUCCUGAAAUGUUCCAAUCCCUUGAAAAAGCUUAAAUGUGCCAUUAUAUAUAUAUAGCAUACUGUAAACACUUCGGUAGUUGCAACUACUGUAACGUACCGUUUAUGAAGGGAAAAAAAAAGGGUUGUAUAUGCUCAAUUCUGUAAAACUUAUUUUUCCUUCUAGCAUUAUACUUUGAGCUUUGGCGAGGUCCGCUAGCGAGGGACUUGUUUGCUUUUGCUCCAGGCAGGAGCACAAGGACCACUGGUGUCCCCUGUGCUGCAGCCACGCUCCUUUUUUACUCUUCUCCUAGACCAGGGGCCUGAGCCCCUCGCUCAUUUACUGCUCCCGGGCUGACUCCUGGCCGUCGGUGACGACGUUUUCUUGCACUCUGGCAACAAGCUGCACCUCCUACAGAAAUAUCUCGUUGAGGUAUCACCACAGCGGUGCCCAAAAUCCCACGCACCUGGUGUUGGAAGUGUGUUUUUGCCAUCACUCAGCUCAGUGGUAUGGGCCAUACCAGUUCCGUCCCACAGCGUGGAGGAAGCAUGGAUGCUACCCAACCUCUGGCUGAACUCUCAGAAAGACAGUGUCCUUCAUCCUGGAAUUGUCACACCUUUCUCUAGGCUGUUGCUGGAGGCGUAGCGCGGUGAUGAUGGCAAACGCGACCUUCAAACAGCGGGUCUGGGUUAAAAGGAGUAAGUUCUUCAACAUCAGCCUGAUCUUGUCUCGCAACUUUUUUUUCUUCUCCUGGAGAAACGUAGCACCUUCAAAGGAAUUUUAAAAAUCAUCCCGUGAUCCAUUACCAUGCACAUCUUCUUAUGUGAAUGUAAAAAAGGGUUUCAGAGAGAGUGUAGGCUUUUGUCCUAGUGAAUUGUACAUGUGGCAAUAUAGGGAAAAUUAGUUGUGCUUAAUUUGGUAGUGAUCUAUUGUCCUACUCCAGUCACGUUGAGAAUCUACACCUUUUUCCUUCCUUUUAGAGCCUUAUUCUUCUUUCCUCUGCACAACUUCAGUUUUGCAGAGGGAGAAAGCAGGAGGCCGUGUGUUCUGAGCAAUGUAGCCUGUAUGGCAGCAGCAGUAACUCUUCAGGCACCCCAGUACUGGAGAAGCAGGCAUUAAAGCCAUAAAUCCCACCCUACCACGCCGUGGUGGCUGCCUGCCCCGCAAAAACACGCUCAGAGUAAUUUGCCCAAUCUAGACUCCUGGUCCUUUCCAGGUGUGAGUGGUGGAAAAAUCCCACAACAACAUACGAAGGCUUCAAACAGAUCAACAGUUCAUCAAAAUUUACUCAGACAUUAUGGCAAAGUUAUUUCUGGAAAAGAUACAAGGACAGAAAAUCUUGAAGAAAGUUUAUACGGUUUGGAUAGAGAUAAAAAAUCUGUGUGCUUGGGUCAAAAAUCAAGGAUACUAUAAAUUUGCCUGUUUGUCCUAAUUUAGAGAUUGCACUCCAUUAACUUCCUUAGAACUAGAAAAAUUAGAGAUGAUUCAUAGAGAAUUUGGAACACGGCUUAAGACUCAAGCUAACAGUGGAAAUUAGCAAACCAAAAUGCCUUGCAAAUUGACCUUUUCAAUGCCUAUGUAGCUGAGCAGCUUUAAAUGCCUAAGGCUGAGGAAAGGGUAAUAUGAGAGAAUUGUGAAAAAAUGGUUCUUAAUUUCAGUCAGUGUUGACUGCAGUAAAACUUCUUUAAAUUACCUUCACGGUAAAGUUAAGCAGUUUUAUUCUGCAAAAUGGUGGUGCACUUCUGUUUGAGAUCUGUGACUAUGAAAGUGUUUCCCUUGAUUCGUCAGUGAAGGAGUUUCUUUAGUUCCCUUCAUUUUCUUUGAUUGCCUUUGACAUAAAUCACAUUGUUGAAUACCAGAGAAAGGAUCAAAUACUUACAACAUUCCCUGAUGUAUGUAAGUUUAAUGAACAGAAGGUUUUUGAAAUAAACUAACAAGGUCAAGGACAA